UUAAUGUUGCUCACAAGACGCUGAUAGUUUUAGUAGUUCCUCAACCCCUUUAUUGAAACAUUCUGAUACUUUCGGUAUUAUAGUUCGGACUAAGUUGUUAAUCAAAGAACAUGAUAUUUUUUUGUUGCCCUAAAGUAGGCUACAAUUAUGUCAACUUGAAACAUCUCGGUGACUCGGACUCAGAAAACGCCAUUUAAACUUCAAGUACAUAAGGACAUUAUGGAUUUCCAAAGGCUGCUGUUAAAGGUGGCGCAAGCCCUGAGCAGUGAAGAGGAACAAGCACUUGCAUUUCUCUGCAAAAACCUGGUUGAGAAGGACGUAAGUUCAGUUCUGACAGCAAGAAAGCUAUUCUCUCUUUUGAUGGACCAAGAACUGUUAACAUCAGAACAACCUUACUUGCUUCCGGAUCUGUUACGCACCAUCCAACGGAAUGGUUUAAUACGAGAGCAUGGCCUCAGCCAAUAUCUUCCAACAACCAGCAGCCUCAUCUGUCCUUAUAGAAAGCUACUGUUUGAGCUGUCUGAGAACAUCACUCAAGAUGAGUUGAGGCAAAUCAAGUUCUUGUUAAAAGAUGACCUUCCUCGUAAAAAAUUGGAGGACAAUGUGACUACCUUGCAAGUGUUCCUGGAAAUGGAGAAAUGUGAUAUUUUAAGCAACCACAAUCUACACACCCUUACAAUCAUUCUUGAAAGUGUCUGCCCCAUGUUGAAAACAAAAAUCGACAAUUUUCAGACACAGAGGGGGCCAAUAACCCAAGAAACAGGGGCGGGACUGCAAAGAACAAGGUCUUCAUCUGAAGUUCUUCCAGAAAGCCAGAGAUCCAUUCAACUGAAGAGACCUGUUUCCUGUGGACCAACAGUGUUCAUUCCCGAACUGCAUUCUUCAGGCUUGUGUACUUCAACUGAGUUAUCCUCUCUGAAUUCCACUUACACUACUAUGGAUGCGCAAAGGGUCUCAGAUACUGUGAAUGAGGAACUUUCGCCUCGACUGGGUGUACUAAGUACCAGUGAAGAAAACCGUGCUGCUUUGGUCCAUGAUAAUCGCCGUGUUUCGUCCACAUCAUCACAUGGGGACAAUACAGACCCUUUCCUAGCAGAUACUCAGACAGGAAUCUCCAAGGAACUGGAAGAAUAUGCUAUGACAGGAAGUUCGAGAGGAGUUUGUCUGAUCAUUAACAACCAUAACUUCAGCCAUUCAAAGAAAUAUUUUAACAAUAGGGAGGGGACAAACAUCGACAAAGAGAGUUUGGUCAGUGUGUUUAAGUGGCUGGGCUUUGAGGUGGUGGUUAAGUCAGACUGCAGUGGGGAACAGAUACUGUCUCUCGUCGAAGAGCUCCGCUGCCGUGACCACAGCCAAAAUGACUGCCUGGUGUGCUGCAUCCUGAGUCACGGUCUGGAAGGAGGCGUGUACGGGGUGGACGGCCGGGAGCUUCGAGUCAGGCAGAUCACAGAGCCCUUCUCUGGACUGAUGUGCAAAUCACUGACGGGGAAGCCCAAGCUGUUCUUCAUCCAGGCCUGCCAGGGCAUCAAGGAACAGCAGCCCGUGUUUCUCCAGGCUGACAGCGGAGACACUGAAGGCCGUACCGCCACUGGCUCGAUUUGCACGGAUGCACGGGUACCCAGAGAGUCCAUUCCCUCAGAUUCGGACUUCCUUCUGGGCAUGGCCACCAUACCUCAGUUUGUGUGUUUUAGAGACAAGAAGCAGGGAUCGUGGUUCAUCCAGUCACUGUGCCAGAACCUCAUCAGCUUGGUGCCCAGUGGACAUGACUUGCUAUCCAUCCUGACCAAGGUGAACCAUGAUGUCAGCUGUAUGAGUGAUGAAAACGGCAUGAAGAAGCAGAUGCCCCAGCCUGCAUACUCACUCAGGAAAAAGGUGGUUUUUCCCAACCCCAAAAAUUCACCACCCAGAUUGUGAGCCACAAACAUUCACUUGAGACCUCUCGAGCAGAGGGGUUGAAAUCUGGUUGCUGUAAUUUUUAGCAUUCUCACCAAAUCAGUGACCAUCUUCAGACACUCUCACUAACAUGAUAAACUUGUUUAAAACUACUUGAAUAGAAAUGCUAGUCUACACAUUAGUCUCUAGAGUCCCUCAGAUAUAAACUUACAUGUGUUUUCAAAACAGAAUGUUUACAUUUGAUAUACCUCUCUGGAAUUACAGUUUAAUUCUGUCAAAGAAUAUGUACAAAUUCAUUUUUAUGAACUUUUCGGUUUUAAAUGUUGCUCAGGAAAAUGGGGGAAAAAAAU